AUGUCGGCAUCACCGAUCGCACGUCAGGCUUGCGCCUCCAUCUCCCAGGCCAUCCCGUCCAAGCGAGUGCUCAUCCAUGACGCAUCCGAGCUGCCGGAUCUCUACUCCUCCACGCCCGGUGGCACCCUGUACUCGACCACACCCGGAGGUACGCGUAUCGUGUACGAGCGAGCAUUUCUGAUGAACCUGAAGAAUUCACCGUUGGCACGCACGCCACCGAGCAAUGUGCCACUGAACCUGCUGCGAUCAGGCGGAAGCCCCAACUCGAAACCGCUGUCGACGCUAUCGGUGGUGAAGCAGCAGAAACCGGCCCGCAACUCACCGCCAAAGUACGACGAGCAUCAGGAGCAGUUCGAUAUGGAUCUGUAA